UCGUCGAUAUUUCCUAAUAACAAUUGAUCUCUGAAAACACUCGAUCCAAGACGACGGAGAUCAAUCGGAUCUAAGGCAAUUUCCAAAAGCUUUCACCUUCUUAACCAUCGCCUCUGUUCUCCGGCGACCAGUUCCUUUGGUUAUCACUUAUCCGCAGUCUCAAAUGCAUUUUCAAAUGAUGAGCAUAGAGGGUAUAUCUAGGUAGCACCAUUGUUGGUCUCUUUCAUCUUGAAGAAUCCAAGGCAAAAUUAUACAGAAAUGUUUUCUUUGUUCUAUGGGCUAUGGAAAUAUGUGUUCAGCAAGACGGAGUUUCAUGUGCUUAUACUUGGAAUUGACAAGACAGGAAAAACGACUUUACUAGAGAAGUUGAAAAGCCAAUACUCAAACGCAGAAGGUCUUCCACCUGAUAGAAUUGUGCCUACAGUUGGACUCAAUAUUGGCCGUCUUGAAGUCUCAAACGCGAAACUAGUGUUUUGGGACCUCGGAGGUCAGCUUGGUCUUCGCUCAAUCUGGGAGAAAUAUUAUGAGGAGGCGCAUGCUGUUAUAUUUGUAGUUGACGCUGCUUGUCCAUCGCGUUUUCAAGACUCAAAAUCUGCAAUGGAAAAGGUUAUUAGACACGAGGAUCUACAAGGAGCUCCUCUACUAAUAUUAGCAAACAAGCAGGACCUUUCUGAAGCUUUAACAUCGGAAGAACUUGGCCGAUACUUGGAUCUCAAGAAACUAGAUGAAAGGGCAUACAUGUUUAAAGAUGUAUCUUCAUAUAAUGGGACAGGAAUUAAAGAAAGCAUGGACUGGCUAGUAGAGGUUAUGGAAAAAAGUAAGAGAACCGAAAUUCUGAGAAUUCGAGCGAAUGUGAAAAGCCCCGGGGGUUCUUCCUAGAAGAAGAACGCGGUCGCUUCUUCUGCAGUUUUUUCGCGAAUACUUUUUUUUUCCAACCUUUGUAUUGUUCCUUGUAAAAUUAGUCAGGAUUGAAGUUCAAUUAAAAUAAUUAUUGUUAUUGUGAGACAAUCUUCUAAUGCACUUUUACUGGCUUUAAUUACAUAUAGUUCAAGCUAGGUUUUCCUUUUCCCAUGUAAUUCUAAUUCUUGAGUUUAAAUAAUAAGACUAUUGCAAUUGAGAGGAUGUAUAGCUCAAACUAAGGGCUUGUUUGAAAUAAAGUGUUUUUCUUUCAA